AUGGCGACAAGGCUUUCAAAGUUGAUACCGUCAGCAGACGCUCCUCCUACCAAACCAUGGCGAAAAAGCUACCUCCGCCGGCGCUCGGCGCUCACUCACCAUAAACAAACACAUCAUCGGUCAACUGCCCGCCAAACGUAUACUCGCCAGGAACAAAGUAUUUUCGCAGAUCUUAUUGCCCAGAUAGGCCCUAAGAAAGAUGAGGAGGGUGUGACUCCGGCGGAAAUAGAAACAGUGGUUCCGUCCGCUGCAAAGAGCGAUAUCUCUGAGCUUUUGGAUUAUUUCAAAUUUCUAAAUAAGGAGGAAAACCCUCUAGGGCAAGGAUCCAGGGACGGUCUUAUCCAAGAAGAAAAGAGACUGAGUCCUUUAAAACCAGCCAAGCGUGACGCGAAAUCAACCGUCGACCAGCUCUACAAAAUCAGACUCAGCGACCUCGAGCCCAUCAAAGAAGCGGAUGGUCAAUUUGAUCGAUAUCUCUCUGUCAGGGAAGCUAUAGAUUACGUCGUCGACCGUGAAGGAAGCAAAAUCGAAGCCGAGCUUUUCGAAGCCCUCAAUUCCGGGAAAGGAGACCAAGGGAUUUGGGAGUUGUGCAAUGAAAGGAUUUUCUCCAUGAUGAAGCAGCUGGAGUCGACAGAGACAACAACAAUUAAACCCACAUCAGUACCCACAUCAGCACUCACAUCAAUCUCUGUCUCCGGCACCGCUAACGAUGCGUCCGACGGAUCACAAGAAUCCAACCAACCCUCGUCAUCUCCAACUCUGAACAUCCCAGACAUACUCCCAGUAAACCAUGUGAUUUCACGAUUAUACCCAAUGGUCUGCCUGACAGCAUUCCGCAUUCUAGGUGCUCACUUCCCAGGCUCACCACUAAUCGGCCAAUUCCAAUCCUCCCUGAAAGCACAAGGCCGUUUCUCAGCAGUCUUCGGAACAUGCAAGGCUCUCUAUGAUGAGCAAAUUGCUUAUUAUUGGCAUGUCUGUCAAGACCUUCCGGCUCUGGUCGCUUUACUGCAUGAUAUGGAGCUCGUUGGCCAGGACCCCAGCAAUCGUGUCCAGGGCCUCCUGAGGGAAAUCGUGCAGCAGCAUAAUAUCGAAGUUACUAAGGGAAGUAGUCCCUUCUGGGAUCUACCUACGAACAAAAAGGCUUAUGAGGAUCUUGUUCGACCUGGUGGCUUGCUGGAUAAAAUCCGCUUGUAUAGCAAAGACAAGCGAGUCGUCAAUUUCGUCUAA